AAUUUCAGAUUGUUCUUUGUUGAUCAGUAAUAUUAAUUCAACAAGUUCUGGAGUGUAUUUAUUCAGAUUUAUAACCAAUUCGUCAGAUGGGCGUUGGACAGGUAAUCCAGGAGCAAAUGUUACAGUCAGAGAUUUAAAAGUGUCCAUGGACAAGUUAGGAGACAAUGAAAACAUAACAGUUGGAGACUCUUUGAAUUUGACAUGCACUGUGUCCUGCCCUGGUCAUUUACCAGAGCUUCAAUGGUUUAAGGAUCAUAAGACAAUACCACAUUCAGGCCCCAUCCUCACCUUCACUAGUGUGACUCCUAAAGACUCUGGAAAUUACUCUUGUUCUUUAAAAAACUUUAAAUCAAGCGAAUCAGAACAAAUCAGACUGUAUGUUGAAGACACUUCUGGGCAUACAACAUUGUUUUGGGUUGGGAUUAUUGGAGCGUGUUUAUUUUCAAUUAUUUUCAUUAUUGCGGCUGUGAUACUCAUAACAAGGAGAGCAAAAACACAAGAGACAACCCCACCAGAGGAGGGAGGAAAAACAACUCAGAGAUCAGAUGAUUUACCGCAAGAGGAAGAAGUGCAAUAUGCAUCUGUGAGCAUCAAACCCAAAGAACUGCCGGCCAACACUGAGAAACAAAAUGAAGAAAAUGAAGAUUCAACCAUCUAUAGUGGAGUGGUGGUUCAUUGAAUUAAAGGAGAAAUGUGAACAAACUCAUAAGAUGCAAUUUAUAUAAAAUCUAAAAUAUUGUUAAUUUACUUACUAUAGUAAUUAUUAUUAUAUUAUAUUGUGUAUUUAAGAAAAUAGUAUUUGCAUGCACUCAGAAUAUGUAUUUAUAGCCACCAGGGAGCAGCAUUGAUCCUUGUUAUAAUAAGCAGUCAAAAAUGUUAUGUAUACACCAUGUUUGUGUAGAUUAGAAAAGCCGAUAAGAAUACUGCCCUACAAAGGCAAAAGGCAGUAACUUUUAUGGUCGAAAAUUAGUUAUUGAUAUUUUUGAGAGAUUCAAGACCUCCUUUAUCAUGUGGAUAAGUAUCUUGAGUCAAUUUUGUUGUUUUUUCGAGAAAAUAAAGAUCAAGAUGAAAAUAACUGACAACUAAAGUCACUAAAAAGGUCUAAACUUUAAAGUAAUUUUUCUCAGUUUCAUACUCUAGUGAGUUAAGGUCUUUUGCCUUUUAAGGGCAGAAUAAAUGGUAGCAAUUUACAAUAUGGUUGUAUUUGUUAACAUUCGUUAAUACAUUAGCUAACAUGAACUAACAUUUAUUAAUCUUGGUUCAUGUUAAUUUCAGCAAUUAAUAGUACUUUUUUUGUUAAAUCUAAAGUUGUAACUGUUUGCAUUAGAACUAACAUAAACAAUUUAUUGGAAUUAACAAAGACUAAUGAAUGCUAAUAAUGGAGUGAGGGUUCAUGGAGUUAAAGGAGAAAUGUGAACAUUAGAUACAAUCUGAAAUAUUUCUGUACUAAUUCUUAGGGGUUCAUGUAAAAACGUGUAUUAAAGGAAGAGUAGCAAAACAUCUUCAACAAAUGGAAAUUACAAAAGUUGUAUACAAGUGUAUAUAGUUUAAUAACUAAACUAGCAAACAAUGCGAAAUUAUUAUAAAUGUUUUUAA